AUGAAUCUGUUAUCAUAUAAUACAAGGGGGUUGGGAAGCAGGGUAAAAGGCCAUUCAAUCAGAAAUCUAAUUCAGAAGGAAAAAGUUGAUUUUGCUUGUCUUCAAGAAACAAAGUUGGGAGUGUUGAGUCAAUCAGAUUGCCAAUUAAUAUGGGGGAACGAGGAUAUUGAGUGGAUUCAUUCCCCGGCUGUUAACCUUGGGGGUGGAGUACUUUGUAUCUGGCGUAAGGACGCUUUCACUACUGAGGAGGUCACAUGCAAUCAGAGGUGGAUCUGUAUUCGGGGGAAGUGGAAGGAUCGGGCAGAAGAGUGGAUGAUUAUGAAUAUCUAUGCUCCUUGUACUGUGGAUGGAAAACGCCAGCUCUGGGAGGAAAUAAUUGCAUGGAAAAGGAGGAGCAAUGUGAAUUAUUGGUCCGUAGUCGGCGACUUUAACACAGUUCGCUGCUCCGAAGAGAGGAAAGGAAUUGGGGCUGAUUCUAGUAGUCAUUACAGAAGGGAUUCAGAAUUGUUUAAUGAAUUUAUUGAAGCAAUGGAAUUGGUUGAUAUUCCGCUGACUGGAAAGAAAUUCACAUGGGUAAGGCCAAAUGGAUCAGCCAUGAGCAGACUAGAUCGUUGUUUGGUUUCUUUGGGGGUCCUUGAUGUAUGGCCACAGUGUGUUCAGCAGGUUCUUGAUAGAGAAUUUUCUGACCAUUGUCCGGUAUUGUUGAAGCAGUUAAACUAUGAGUGGGGACCUAGACCGUUUAGGGUAAUCAAUUGUUGGUUGGAUGAUCCGCGUUUUGCUCCGUUUGUUAAAGAAAGUUGGAAAGCAAUUGAUGUCCAAGGGCAGGGGAUUUUUAUUAUGAAGGAGAAAUUAAAGUUAUUGAAAGCCAAAUUGAAACAAUGGAAUGUAUAG